CCCCAUCUGUGGCUUGUGGGGGGUUUCCUCCAUGCCCGCUGCGGACCCUCAAAAUGGGGAAUAUCGUUCCGCAUCCUUGCCGAAAGCAGGCCAAAAAAAAAAAAAAAGAGGGAAGAGGGAACAACAGAUCAGAGAAAUUCCCCAACCAUCAUAAACAUUAUGAAUUUCUUAUCAAGCGUUCAGUCCGUCAGACUGGGCGUUCGGACCUUUUCAUGUACAAGUGUUGCAUUGUCCAAGCGAGCACAACUGAAAAAGCCAAAUAUAUCAACCCUGACAAAGCAUCUAAAGCCGGAUGGAAUGACCGGUCGAGAACGACGUAACAUGCUGAAAGACAAAUUGAAGAAUGCUCGACCAAAAUCAAAAUCGUUGCCCUAUGUUCCUGUCAAGAAACGAUUAGAAACUAUUCAACCGACACUCUCACAGCUCCCUACACAAAACGUUCGUGAAUUAUCAAAGAUCCUGGCCGAUCGUACGUUUGCUGAUCUUGGUCUGUCACCGACGAUGCUCUCUGCCGUACGUGACGAUCUGAAGCAUAUCGACGAUCCUCGACCCACCGAGAUUCAAGCGCUCUCUAUUCCUCAGUUGCUCGAACGAAAAAAUCGACAUGUACUGUGUGCAGCUGAAACAGGAUCAGGCAAGACGCUGGCGUACCUGGUCCCAAUCAUCGAGUGUCUAAAGAUUGACGAGCAAAAGGGGGUCAAGCGUCGACUAGAUCACCCGCGGGCCAUUGUCUUGGUCCCCACCCGGGAGCUAGUUGGCCAAGUUCUCAAGACAUGCAAAUCGUUAUCUCAUAAAGCCAAAUUUCGAAGCAUGGCAUUGAGUGGACGGACUCCGCGACAUCAAUUGGUUGAAAAGCUGGCUGACGGUCCUAUCGAUAUACUAAUCACGACACCCACCACGCUGAUGAGUUAUGUCAAAGACCGGACCCUUUCACUGGCAGAGACAAGAUAUUUGAUGAUCGAUGAAGCGGAUUCCUUGUUUGAUGCCGGAUGGGGAGAUGAUUGUCGUGUCGUUAUCAGGAAAAUACAAGAUAUCGCGGCGCAGCAUAAAUUUGUAGAAAAAAUUAUCAUUGUCUCGGCUACGUUACCUCGAUCGGUUCAUUCUACACUGGAUCAGCUAUUCCCCAAAAUCCUGAAAAUUACCACGCCCUCUCUGCAUCGCGCCCUGCCUAAUUUGAAGCAGUCCUUCAUCGAUCUUCAAAAAUUUAACGGCAAUCGUCAGCUGGCGCUUUUGGAGGUGUUGAAAAAGAAUAUCAAAGACAAGAAGACGCUAAUCUUUUGCAAUACGAAGAAAUCAGUGGAAUUACUACAUCGAUGGUUAGAAACCAAGAACAUCAACGCAUUGGCGCUCUACAAAGAUGCUCCCAUGAGUCGCGAAGAGUGUUUGGCAUUAUUUUCCAAGCCUGUUGCCGAUGAAGAUGAAAUUAAGCAAGACAUUCUUAUCAGCACGGAUAUCGCUUCAAGAGGCAUCGAUACAACCUUUGUGGAUCACGUCAUUCUUUAUGAUUUCCCUGAUUCCGUUGUAGACUAUCUUCAUCGAGUGGGUAGAACAGCCAGAGCUGGACAAACAGGCAAAGCGACGUCUUUGAUUGGACGUAAGGAUCGUAUGCUUUCAGAACGGUUCCGUCGGUCCAUCAGAGAUGGCACAGUUUUGACAUAAUCUACAAUAUGUGCAUUUGUUAUAUAUAUCAUGUAUUCAUUGACACUUUUCAUAUUUCUCAGAGGUGUGAUUCGUAUCACACUAUCAUUCAAACAAAUAAAUGAUAUAAGCAACCAGUAAGAAGAAGUAUAUGGGGUUAUUUUAAGGCUGC